AUGUCGCCCAAAAUUCACAUCUGGAACACCGGUCCCGGGGGGGGCGACGCGAGCGCUGAUUUGACCCCCCUGCGGAACAUCCUGUCUUCGCUGCCCCCUAUGCUGGACGCGGUGGAGGGCCAGACCGACUUUCGGGCGCCUGAAUGGCUGGCGGGAGUCAGGCCGGGGUCGCCCAAAACGGCGGCGACGGAUAUGGACGGCCCUUCUCGUGAUCUCCAUCAUUUUUCUACCGCGGUGAUUGCACGGGCUAUCCCUAGUGCUGCGGGAGGCAAUCUGGACCCGCCACAAGCUCAUCAGCUGGGAAAGCGCGCUCUGCUCGCGAGCGGGCUGCCAGAGGCGGUUUCCUCGCUCUCCUUGACCAAGAUCGAGCGCGGCCCUGAUCCAUCAAUAUCAGUAUCGGCCCGGUCAUUUAACCCCGAGAGCAGCGCCGGUGGCGAGAACAUUGCGGUGCUAGUCGCGUCCCCGGUUUCUACGGCCACGUCUUCCGUUCCCCCAGUGACCGGAGGAUACCAGUGCGGCCUCGCGCUUUUCACCGCUUCAAUUGGAGUGGGCACGCCACCUCAGGCGCAGACCGUGAUUAUUGACUCAGGUAGGUAG